GCCAGCCCAACCCGACAGACAGUCGCCUGAAGAGGUAACGCUUUGUUUAGCGAUGGUGCUUGGGCUGCUGGGACAUGGGGGCUUCUGGAAGGUUCACCAUAUGUUAUGGAGCAGCUCCCUGCAGCACCUGCCCAGCUUCAAGACAAGGGCUGAAUGUAUCGGUUUCAUGUCAACAUGACCGCCACAACAGGGAAAACACGGGGUUCCCCCCGGAGGUAUGUUACAACAAAUCCUAGAGUCUACGAAGCAGUACAUCACCCAUUUCGACGCGGCAAAGCAUGUUUCGACGUAUGCUGAAAGGACGGCGAUGCGGAUAUUGGAGCAGUCAGGGGCAAUCUAUAUGACAGGAAAGUCCGGGUCUGGAAAAACUAGAAUAGGAUUAGCCAUAUUAGCAGCAAUUUCAGAGAAGACAGACAGGAUACCAAUUAUCCUCACCUCCGCGAAACAAUGGAACUACAUUCCACAGGGAAACGUCGGCAAAGACAGCUACACAAUUAUGAUUGAUGAUAUAUUUGGAUCUUGGAGCGUAGUGAAUGCUAGGGUUGAUGAAUGGUCGAGGCGGUUUGAUAUCAUGUGGCCCACUGUUGAGUCCGGGCAGGUGCUCCUGGUGUUAGUGUCAAGGAGUGGCAUUGGGGCACAUCACAUGCCGUCUUUACAGAAAUACAAAAUCAUACGGAAUGCACACAUGAUAGAUCUUGAUGAAGGGCCGUAUGCCUUGAGAUACUUUGAAAAAGUAAAAUUAGUCAGGAAGUAUUGUGCAAUGGAAAUUGGUGCUUCACAAGAAGACAUUGAGAAAAUAGUGGGUGAAGACACUCCCCUUGGAUUCCCUCAGUGCUGUAUCUUCUUACAUACAACCAGGCAUACCCAUGUUAAAGGACUUCAGUUUUUCAAAAGACCGUAUGAGUUCAUUGCAGAGGAUGUGGAGGUCCUGAAAGAGACUGACCAACUGGGGUAUUAUGUCUUGUUGAUGAUAAUCGUGAUGAAUAACAGUCUUGACAUAAAACUCCUUAACAAUCCCACAGCAGAAUUCAAUCGUUUACGAGAGAAUAUACGAAAUGCAUGCACAUACUUCACCUCUAAUCCUUCGUGUCAGAAACUAAAGGAAAAGGCCGACUUACUCUGUGGAAAGUAUCUCUCUGAAACAGGUCAAAGGUAUACUUUCCGUCAUCAGUCUAUACUGGAAGCUGUUGUACUCAAUGCAGCUGAAGAAAACAAAGAACUGUUUCUCCGAUAUUGCCCAGUACAAACACUUCUCGAGUUUGUGUCUCUGCGUACUGAUUGCAGUAACGUAUCUUUGUGCAUCAAACAGGAGGAAUACAGAAGCUUGGUCUCUCGAGUCACAGAUAUAAUACUAUCUGAAAAUUGCAGUUCAAUCUUGUCUCAUUCAGCUUUCCACCAUCCUAGAUUUCUUGAAUGUUUAUCAGAUGAAUGGAAUGAUGACGUCAUACUUCAAAUCUCAAGCUAUGCUGCCACACCACACAAUUUGACGUUAACAGUGGCUAAUAUGAAAAUAUUUCACAUGUUUUCAGAUCCGUUGUCUUUUUUCGGCUCACAAUUUCGGGACGAAGAAGUUAUAUUCACAUAUAAAUACGCAGUUUCUUUCUUUAUAAUGCAAAGGCUUCCAGUACUGGUGAAGCUAGUCCUACAUGGUGUCGAUCAACAGGAGGUAAAGGAAGAAGCGCUGAAGUGUGCUCUGUACAUACAAGACCAUGCUACCAUUGACUUUCUUCUCCAGCAAGAGGUGACCAUCUCACAAGAGUGCAUGACGAUAAUUUGCUGCAUCCGUGAUGUAGAUCAGAGUAUAACCAACACAAUAUGCCACCACUUUGAAGAUGAACAUGAGGUUCUGUCCAGCCCAGAAAAACUCCUUUCAUUGGCUGUUCAACAUGGAAACAUUAGAGCUGUACAAUUUCUUGUCAAGAAGAUGUCGGGAUUGACAAACUGUGGUAAAAUAUAUUUUCGGUGCCUGGAACAGUUGAUGGUACAGUGUGACAUGGGAAAUAGAAGUGUGCCCCCUAUCUCAAGCAAUGCCAUACCGGUUCUUGAAAUCAUGACAAUACUUAUGAGCGUACAGACACCGUCGUCUUACCAUCACCUUCUGCUAUCAGCCUCGGCCCAUGAUACAACACUAGCGCUUGAAUGGUUGUUGAAUCAUACAGAUGCGCCCGUGAUUACUGCGGACAUGGAGGAGGUAAUGGAGAUGGUUGCUACACAUGGAAUAUCUGAUAACUUGAGUAUUCUCCUAAAGAAAGGAAUACCUUUCAAAAAGACCAUUUUACUUGGAGCGACAAAAUCGCGAUGUCAGAGUGGAGGGAAAAUUGUCCUCUUAUUAGAAGCAUUUCGCAAAGCUGUUCACGCUGGAUCACAGUUGCAAGGCAAUGAAAAUAGCGAUCGCGGCACGUUUGGCGUCAACGUAGAAGAUGAGAAUAAAAAUAAUCCCCUUCACAUAGCAGCUUUACGUGGAGAUGCUGACAGUGUUGGAGUCCUUCUUGGGGCUGGUGCAGACAUCAGUCAUGUGAACAAAGAUGGACUUACACCUUUACAGUGUGCGACCUUAGCAGGUAGUACAGAAUGCGUAAAGUGUCUCUUACAGUCUGUAAAGAAGCGUCAUACAGAAUGCUCUGAUAGCAUUGAGCUUGUUAGUCCUGCUCAUGUAUGGCAUGACGGGUCAUUUAAGUCCUUCCCUUCACUGAAUACGCUACGUUUUCUGUUGAUGCCUAAUUCAACUGGGAGUACGCCUAAAGCUCUCUUAGAUCUGCUGCUUGGUCAGGCUAUGUACUUAGAAACGACGGACGAAUAUGGUAGAACACCUAUGUUUUACGCCUCAGCUUUGUCAGAUCUGCCUCUAAUCAAGCAUUUAUUAAGACUCGGAGCAAAGCUGGAUGUACAGGACUGCAAUGGUAGGACAGUUCUGCAUGAGGCAGCAAGGCAUGCUGAUAUUGAAACAUUCAUGUUGUUGUGUGAGAGUGGCUGUGAGAUCGACGUGAAGACAUCCACUAGUCAAACAGUUGUACAUGAAGCUGCCGAGUCAAGGGACAAUGUGAAGACACCCACUGGUCAAACAGUUGUACAUGAAGCUGCGGAGUCAAGGGUCGAUGUGAAGACACCCACUGGCCAAACAGUUGUACAUGAAGCUGCCGAGUCAAGGGACGAUGUGAAGACAUCCACUGGUCAAACAGUUGUACAUGAAGCUGCCGAGUCAAGGGACGAUGUGAAGACACCCACCGGUCAAACAGUUGUACAUGAAGCUGCCGAGUCAAGGGACGGUGUGAAGACAUCCACUGGUCAAACAGUUGCACAAGAAGCUGCCGAGUCAAGGGUCGAUGUGAAGACAUCCACUGGUCAAACAGUUGUACAUGAAGCUGCCGAGUCAAGGGACGAUGUGAAGACAUCCACUGGUCAAACAGUUGUACAUGAAGCUGCCGAGUCAAGGGACGGUGUGAAGACAUCCACUGGUCAAACAGUUGUACAUGAAGCUGCCGAGUCAAGGGACGGUGUGAAGACAUCCACUGGUCAAACAGUUGCACAAGAAGCUGCCGAGUCAAGGGUCGAUGUGAAGACAUCCACUGGUCAAACAGUUGUACAUGAAGCUGCCGAGUCAAGGGACGAUGUGAAGACAUCCACUGGUCAAACAGUUGUACAUGAAGCUGCCGAGUCAAUCUGCUCCGUGUGGACGGUGUGAAGAC